AUGUCUGGGGGUUCAUCUCCCCCCAUCAUCAGCACGCCCGGCCCGUCUCACAGGGGACGUCAAGCGAUGGCGGGAAUUUUCGCCCAUCGCUCCCAACCUAUCGGCCUGGAACCGGACUCCGGAAAGGACGAUCGGCCCGGGCCUUCGGUCGCGGCCCAGGGGGUUCCGAGGAUUCGUCCGGAGGAAGCUUCGUCUCCCCCUUUGACGGAUCGCACUGGGCCCCCUCGGCCGCGGAAGAAGGCCAGGUCCGAGUCCGACCGGAGUUCUUCCGAGGCUAUAGACAAACGGCCACGUAUUGGACCUUCGUACAAAUCUAUUAACGAGGACGAUGAGGACGAGGACACUGAGGAGACGUCCUCCUCCCAUGAAACGUCCGACUCAGAAUCCGAGACCGAUUCAACCAAAUCCUCUCAUUCUUCCUCAUCGAGGGCGAAGUCCCUUACACCCCCCAAACCAACUCCCAAGCCGAGGAAGCGUACAGGGACGGCGGAAGUCUAUGCAGCCAAACAGCUGCGUACGCCUCCUCGGUCUCCUUCUCCUACCAUCUCCCCCAUCCUGACGGACAGGCCCAGGGGUGCCCCCACCACAGGCUGCACGGUGGGCAACCUGGAGUCAACCAGGUACAUGGACCUAGAGCCAACAGUCUCCAACCCUCAACCCAACUCCAUCCCCAAUCCCCCCCCCUCCCCAGCCUUCGGACACGCCUCCAACAACUGCCACCGAGCGGUCCGCUGCGUGCGAUGUGCGGGUGAGCACAUUGUGGCGGACUGCCCGAGGCCAAGGGAGGGACCCUUCAUCUGCGCCAACUGCGGGAAGGGCCACGCCGCUGUUGACAAGCGGUGUGUGUUCUACCGCAGGAGGGCGCGGAUGAUGGGGGUCACUAUUCCUCCCCCCGUACCGCCAGCGAGGCGCGCCGGUCAAGCCCCUACCCCUGCUCCACGUCCCGCACCAAGUCCAUCUCGGAAGGGCAAGGGCAAGGGAAAGAGUUCACAAGCCCUCCCUUUCCCUCCGGUUAAUACCCAACCUGCCACUGUGGAGGCCAGCGCAACAGCGGCUACCCUGAUGGCAGAGGCGAACCCUCAACGACAGGCCAUAAAGCCCCGCCCGGCCCCCCGUUCAAUCAACAAGGCAGGGACUGAUCUCCAACUCACUGAAGAAGCAGCCGCCAUGGGUGAAGGACAAGCUGCCCAGACGAUCCAACCUCCAUCUCCCAUGGAGAUAACAGUCACCGACCCGCCCCAGAACACGAAUACUCUGGGCGACUCGCAGCCCCCACUUCCUCCCCGCCCGCAGCGGGAGAGGCGCAGAGAUCGGCAGGACACGCAGCCUGUCGGCCUCGCUGCCUGGCUCCUCUCCCUGUGGGAGAAACUGUCCGAGGUGUCAGAGGGCGUAAUCCAACUCCUCAAACCGGAAUCGCCGGGAGUCGAGCUGGGAGGUGACGAUCUAGUCACUCCCAGGGAGGGCCUGAAGAUGCCCAACAAUUUUGAAGCCGCGCUGAAUCGCCUGACGUCCGUAGAAAAGAAGCUGGAGAAGGAUCCAAAUUUGAAAGAGCGCUACAAGCAACGAACAAACGCACUGGUAGCGAAAGGAUACGCCGAAGUAACUCCGUCGACGGGUACGAAGAAGCGAACCCGGAGAAGAUUCGCGUCGUGCACGACGCCGAUGCGAAAAAUAGAGGGAAGAAGCCCAAACGACUUCCUGCUCACCGACCCGGACCUGCUGCAGUCGCUGCCCGAAGUGAUGAUGCACUUCAGGCAGCACGCCGUCGCCGUCUCCGCGGACAUCACGGAGAUGUUUAUACAGAUAGGCGUCCGAAGCGAGGACCGCGACGCGCUCCGGUACUUGUGGAGGGAGGACCCUUCACAAGAGCCCAUAGAAUACCGGAUGAGGUCCAUCGUCUUCGGCGCGACAAGCUCACCUGCAACCGCCAUCUGCGUGAAGAACCGACUGCAGUACCCGGACGCCGCCGACCUGAAGCUCCACACGUAA